GCGGCGGGGCAGGGCGCGGCCCCAGGGCAGGACAGUCCCUCAGGAGCUGCGGGCAGGAGACGGCCGGCGGCAGCAGCCAUCAGCGGGCGGAGGGAGGGGCAGCUGGGAGCCCUCGCAGCAGGUUUGAUAGCUACACUGGAUCUUUGAUUGUGGUCUCCUCUGAACUGCAACACUGAAGACAAUGGCAACAGAAUGUAUAAAAAACUGCUGUAAAUUGUGUUUCUGUGUGGAAAAAGAAAUACAUGAUUCAGUUUCCAUGGUGCAGGAAUCCGAAGCAGCAGCUGCAAGCAAGCCAACUAUUGUAGAGAAGCCUCCAUUGUCUUCUGUGUCAGUGAAGCGUCAAGUUGGCUGUUCAGAGGAUUAUCUGCUUUCUAAACUGCCCUUAGAUGGUCAGGAGGUGCCAUUUGUGGUCCCUCCAUUCAAAUUGGCUUAUGUACAGCCGAAGAACCUUCCUAAUAUCUCACAUGCUGGAGGAAUUCAAGAAUCUGCCAGAGCCUCAUUUGGUGGCCGGAAAGCAGAACUGCACGGCGUGUACCAGUGGCCUCACUAUGAUGUGUACAAUCCUUUCUAUUUGGAGCAUCGGGUUUCGCCAGAUCUGAUUAGGCGCUGCCAAGCAAAAUCACAUAAUAGGAAAUUAUAUGGAUCAGUUAGUGAUUUAAGACCUAGUGCUUUGCCUGGAUCAUUUGAUAUAAGUUGUUCAAUGUUUGAUCUCAGAAGCCCACCUCAUCGAUUCAUGAAGAGAUAUGACUCAUUGUCCAGUGUACCUAGCAGUACCUCUUCCAGGAAGGAUUCGCAGGGCAGUAACAGGAGUCUGGAUACUAUUACGUUAUCAGGUGAUGAACGAGAUUUUGGAAGACUGAAUGUGAAGUUGUGUUAUGUUUCUUCUGUAGAACAGAUUUGGAUCACAGUUUUACAUUGCAAAGACCUGAGCUGGCCUUCAAGCUGUGGGGAAAAUCCACGUAUCUGUGUCAAGGGAAUUCUCACACUGCCCAGACCAGUGCAGUUCAAAUCUUCUGCCAAGGAAGGGUGCAAUGACAUUGAAUUUAUGGAAACUUUCGUUUUUGCUAUUAAACUGCAAAGCCUGCAAGCUGUCAGAUUGGUAUUUAAAAUCCAGACACAGACUCCCAGGAAAAAAACAAUAGGAGAGUGCUCCUUGGCACUGCGGGAGCUCAGCUCAGAAGAGUCAAGUCAUUGGCUGGAUAUAUCUCCUCCUUCCAAAGCACCUGUGUGCCAUGCAGAACUUCAAGUAGGAACUUGCUUCCAAGCAAUAAACAGGAGGAUUCAGUUACAGAUUCUUGGAGCACAAAACCUUCCAGUUUCAUCUACACCACUGCCUUCAAAUUUCUUUGUGAAAGUUGGAAUGUUUAGUACAGAAGGCCUGAUCUAUAAGAAGAAGACUCGUCUUCUGAAGUCCACUAAUGGCCAAGUGAAGUGGGGAGAAACGAUGAUUUUUCCAGUUAGCCAAAUUGAACAAGGAAUUAGCUUUCUCAUCAAGCUCUACAGCAGAAGCUCAGUGAGAAGAAAACACUUCCUAGGACAGAUCUGGAUAAGUUCCGAUAGCAGCAACAGUGAAGCAGUAGAGCAGUGGAAAGAUACUGUUGCCAACCCUGAAAAAGUUGUUGUUAAGUGGUACAGCAUUGGACCCUCUUGAAGACUAGAGAUGAAACUGAAGACUGAUUUUUCUACAAAGUUAUUCCUAUGCUGUUUAAAAUGAACAAUAUAUUUUUUUGAUUUAUACUACACAAGUUCUUCAGAAGGUGUCAGCUGCAUCACACCUCCAUGUUAACUGGGAAAAUUCAGAGUUUCACAGAGGGGAACACUCACUAGAUAUUAAGAAGAAGACUUAGGAACUGGGAAAAGUGCUCAUUUGAAUUUUAAAAAUCCACCUUGAAAAAUAUACUUUUGCCCCUUUCAGGCUCUGUAAGUUCACAGAAAUCCUGUGAACUCGAAUCAGCAUCUUCUUCAGUAGUCAGUGACAUCAUCCUUACUUGCAGUCUUGUCUUUGGCAGACUCUGAAGUCCAUGGGAAUCAGUCUGGUCAGUUGCUUGUUCCUCCGUACCUCUGAACCUCUGGACUUGCACCCAUCCUGACACCCUUUGAUCAGAGUAACUUGUGCCUCAUCAAGUGGGAAAGCUGUGGCUGUAGAGGGAACUACGGAAUAAAGCAAUACCCAAAGGCUUUUAUAAUCUCCAUCUUUGAUGAAGGGUUGUUCAGCACCCUGACAAGCCCUUGAUCUUGGCAAUUGGGGCUCUCCUGACUCACACUACUUGGGUGAAUUCUGGUUGGAAUCAAUGGAAUAGUGCAAAGAGGCAACAGCCCUGCCUAGGAUCAGGGACAAUAUUUUCAGAUAAAUUACUUUCUUAUAUAGAAUUCUUAUACAUAAACCACUUCCUUUCUUAUCAACAAUGUUCUAGCAUUUACUUACACUGCUAAAAGCCAGACUAACAUGUACAAAGGAGUAAGCAAAUAUUUACUGAUAUAAGUGCUUUUUGAUAUUAAUUAAAAUGCAGGACAUCAAGGGACUCUUACUUUGUUUAAAAGAUGGGCCACUAAUGGAAAAAUGUUUGUUACAUGUCUAGGAUGCUGAAAAAUUAUGUGUGGGAGUAUAUUUUUGGUACUUGUUUCUACCAAGAAUAAAUUAGCAUAUUUUUAUUGCAAAUUAUAUUUUUCCUACAAAAUCCUAAACUUAUUUUUUUCUGUUAGUCCUCAUCUUUUCAGAGGCUUCUUAUAGUUAUUGUUUAAGGCAGGAAAAUGCCAUAUAUAUAAUUUGGAAUAUAUACAUUUAAAAGCACAGACCUCUUUGCACUACUUUAACUACUGGAACUAAUAUAUAUAUAUUCCAUUAAAUCCACUGCUUACACAU